GUGCCCGCCUCAGGGCCGGAGGAAACCGCUGAUUGGUCAGCCUGGCCCGGGCUCGGGGCGGAGAUCGGGUGAUUGGCAGCAACGCCCCGGGUCAGCCAAGCUGGAAGUCGGAGUUGUUGCAAGGGGUGCGUGGCUGCCGCGCGGCUGAGUGUGCUUUAUGGACCAUGUGCUACUAUGUAUGCCUGAAGUACUUGAAAUGCAAAUUUGGAGAGACUUUGCCAUCUAAAUGCUUGGCUGGAUUAAACGCCUAAUUAGGAUGGUUUUUCAACAGGUUGGAAGCAUGCAGUCGGUACUUUGGUCUGGGAAGCCAUAUGGUUCAUCUCGAAGUAUUGUAAGGAAAAUUGGUACUAAUUUAUCUCUGAUCCAGUGUCCAAGAGUUCAGUUUCAGCUUACCAGCCCUACAACAGAAUGGAGCCCCAGACAGCCAGGAGAGGAUGCAGUGGUGUCUUUUGCUGAUGUUGGAUGGGUAGCCAAAGAAGAAGGAGAAUGUUCAACAAGACGAAGGACAGAGAUCCGGAAAAGGCAUCCCCUCCAGGAUGAUCUUCCUUUCUUCGAGAAGCCCCUAGGCCGGCAGUUUUCCUUACCAAACCUGUCUCCGGAAGAGCCUCCACUGCAGACCAUGACACUGGCCAACGAGGAAGCACUGCAGAAGAUCUGUGCCCUCGAAAGUGAGCUUGCUGCCCUCAGAGCUCAGAUUGCCAAAAUUGUGACCCUCCAGGAACAGCAAAACCUCAGUGCAGGUGACUUAGAAUCUACGGCAUCUGUUGCCCCAGCGCCACCCUGUGUCCCACCAGCUCCCCCUCCGCCACCUCCCCUCCCUCCGUCAGGGCUCCAAAAAAGCGCAUCUGCUAUUGAUCUGAUUAGAGAUCGAAGAGAGAAAAAUGCCUGUGCUGGAAAGACUUCAGUCAAGAGCAGUCCAAAGAAAUCUGAUAUGCCAAAUAUGCUGGAGAUCCUUAAAGACAUGAACAGCGUGAAACUUCGGUCAGUGAAAAGGUCAGCACAAGACAUGAAGCCCAAACCGGUGGAUGCUGCUGACCCUGCUGCCCUCAUAGCAGAGGCUCUGAGAAAGAAGUUUGCUUACCGGUAUCGAUGUGAUAGCCAAGGUGAAGUUGAAAAAGGAAUUCCAAAGUCUGAAUCAGAGGGCACCUCAGAAAGAGUGUUGUUUGGGCCACACAUGUUGAAGUCUACAGGAAAAAUGAAGGCUUUAAUUGAAAAUGUUUCAACUUCCUAAUACUGAGCUGAGAAAGACUGUCCUACUAGUUCAGCUGUUAGUGUUGAUUUCUAUUAGCCGAACAGCCCUAAUACACCAUUUGGUAAAUACCUGAAUUUAGUGUCUCCUUUUAAGUCUCAGGAUUAAGCUGUAACAAAAGCACUCUAAGUUUGUUCGCUUUUAAGAGAAGGUCCGUUCUGAAGUUUUCCAUAACAUAUUUAUAUUCUGAUGUGUUUUUAAUGUGUAGCCAAGAUGUUUAGAUUUCCAGUCUGGAAAACAAUUAUAUAGAUUUCAGAAUAAAGAAAGGACCUUUGUAGAUGUGAGUUUUUAAUUCUUAACACUAAUUUAUCUGUACAAAUGUUUUAUGUGCAUGUAUUCAGGACGUAAGAUUUAGCAAGGGGGUGACGAGGGUGCUGACAGUGCCAUUUGUUUUCAGUGAUCAUUUCUGUUCAGUGAUGGAGCAGGUGGAAUAACCAGGUUGUUGGAAUGAAAUGGUUUUGAGAUUGGAAUUUCUUACCUUGAACAGAACUUUUUAUGUUAGAUUCUCUCUCACGUUUUCUUGGAUUGGAGAUGGAGUUUGAGUAGGAACCAGAUAAUGUUUGCUGCUGAAAUUACAUAAUGCUUUCCUUUAAAGAGGGAAGUCAAGGAUCAUGGAAACCGUUUUCACUGUAGUGCCAUCCAGUGCUGAGGAAGGAAAUGUAGUUUUCAGAUAGUGAGGAAUCAAAUGAUUGAAUUAAAUCUCUUUUAAAGUAAAAACUAGAAUAUACCAUCUUUUUCUUUCAUUCAGUUUAAUAAAUGGCAUGAAGAUAACUUGCUGCUAAUACUUCUGGAAAAUGUCAGCAUAGUGGAGUUAAACAUUUUUAAUAUUGGUCCAAAUAGUAGCUUUAUAAUGAAAUAUUGAAUAGGAGAAAGAAUUUUCUGUAAGCUGCUUAUCAUUGGUCAGAACGGUGUUCUGCUGAAUUAUAUUAUGUAGCAUAAACCUUAGGUGCUGUUAGGAAGUAGACAGCUGCCUUUCUCCUCUACGACUUCUAAGGAAUUGCUACAAGUGAUCAGUUUUAAAUGCAUGUAUCUUCAUGAUUUUCUAUAUUUCUGUUAAACACACAUAGUUUAAUGUCAGAACCUCCUACUAUGAGUAAAUAUUUGGAUCUAUUAUUUAAAUCCUAGUGAAAAGAAAGUUGUCCUUCCUGGGGGGAUCAGGAGAUGUGAAGACCCUUUUAAGUUAUUGAAAAUACGUGCAGUGUUCUAAAUAACAGCAAAUAUUAGUUGGAGGUGAUUUUCAUGGUUUGGUUAUUCAGCUGAACUUUGAACUGUGGCUUAUUUUACACAUGUUGAUACAUUGUUUCUGAUUGUUUCCUACGGUUUAAAAAUUCUGCCUUUAAAAGGAAUUCAGAAAAUUCGCCUGAUAUAAAUUUCUUAGGAGGUCAAAGUAUGUAUUCUAUUUGUAUCACUGUUGAAUUUUGGGCAGUGCUCCAAUUACAAGGAAGUUACUGUUUUGAAAUAAACUUUUACUUUCCUUGGGCCAUAA